CACAUAAGAACAAACUAAUUAGGGACAUAAGUGUCCUUUUAAACACCAUUUGCCAGGCAUGACAAGGCAACAGUACCAAAACUACCAGAAAGCCUGCAACUCCCUCCCAAUUUCGAGCCCUUUCGCUGCUGCUUAAAUUUGCUCAACCCAGAAAAGCCAGAACCACUUUCUCUACUCUCUCUCUCUCUGUAAUUCAAGAAAAGAAAAAGACGAAAAUGGCCUUCGCUUCGCAGCUAAACCAAUUCCCCUGCAAGAUGCUAUCGCUAAACCCAGCGCACCACCGUCUCGCCUCCAAGCCCUUCUCCCUCUUGUUCGCGCCAAACUCUAUCGUGCUCGCCGCCAAAUUCAACAACCAAUUGAAAUUCUCCACCCAUGAGUUCGUCGGGACCCGACCUGCUACCCGGCUCCGGGUGGUGGACGAGGACGAAUGGGGCCCCGAGAAGGAGACCGAGUCGGCUGUGGCUGUGGCUGAGGAUGACAAGCCGGCUGAGCCCGAGCCAGCCGAAACCAGUAGGCUGAAGAAGGCUCUGGUAGACUCGUUUUACGGAACUGAUCGUGGACUGAGCGCCACCAGCGAGACCCGGGCCGAGAUUGUGGAGCUUAUUACUCAGUUGGAGGCCCAAAACCCGACCCCGGCUCCGACCGAGGCCUUGCCUCUGCUCAAUGGCAAAUGGAUUCUAGCGUACACUUCGUUUGCAGGUCUGUUUCCAUUGUUGUCCAGAGGAACUCCAUUGGUGAAGGUGGAGGAGGUUUCGCAGACGAUUGACUCUCAGAAUUUCACCGUACAAAAUUCUGUUCAGUUUGCUGGGCCAUUAGCUACCACUUCUAUUACCACUAACGCCACAUUUGAAGUUCGAAGCCCAAAGCGCGUCCAGAUUAAGUUUGAAGAAGGCGUAAUUGGGACUCCCCAGCUGACAGACUCACUAGUGAUACCAGAAAAUGUUGAGUUUCUAGGACAAAAACUUGACCUCACAGUCUUCAAAAGUUUGCUCACCUCUGUUCAAGACACUGCUUCAUCUGUUGCAAAGACCAUAUCCAGCCAACCCCCGUUUAAGUUUUCCAUCUCAAACAGCAAAGCUGAAUCAUGGUUGCUAACCACAUACCUUGAUCCUGAGCUUCGGAUUUCAAGGGGAGACAACGGCAGCGUGUUCGUGCUGAUCAAGGAAGGCAGCUCCCUCUUGACCCCCUGAUCAAACUCACACACAAUGUACUUGUUCAAGGAUAGGGGGAUGUAAUUUUCUACAAUGAAUGAUAUGAAUAAUUUAAUCACUGGGUUGUACGUAUAGUAUACACACUCUUUGGUGACAGAACAUAUCUUGAGGAAAAA